AUGUUUGCUUGGGAGCAGCCUAAUAAAACUUUUCUCCAUUGCCUCCAGAUGACAAUGAGUUUGAAGAGGUCAACAUUGUACGGGCAGACGACUUCUAUCAAUCUCGUGAUGCAGAUGCAGGCAAUUGGUGAAGUCGGAAAUCUUGCUCCGGAAAAAGCUUACGAGCUGCAAUGCAAGCCUGCAACCUAUCAAUUGCCGCCAUAG